AUGACAAAGCUUCAAGCCAUGAUAGUUGAUAUCAAGAACAUGAAGCGCCUCGGAACCUACUUUCUCUUCACCAUCAACAAAACUCCCUUGGUAUACCCCUUGACCGUCUCCUUCCCCUUCUCAACACCAGCCUCAUGCAGCAGCCUCUCAAUCUCCCUCCUGCACUUCCUCAACGGGUCCCUCUCCGUCCCGGCAUCAUCGGGAUGAGCCUCCCGCCAGCGCGUCACCGGCGUACCGGUGCUCAUAAUCUUCUCCCACUUAUUCAGACUCACCUCGGAGUUCUCCACAUCAAAGAAGCUCUCGCUGGGACUCCACUCCCUCCGGUAAAACGUGUC